GUUCGUAGAAAUGCACAAUGUUUUCGACAUAUCUCUAGUCGUCCGUAGAGAGGCGCUAACUACCACGCUCUCAAUGGAGGCUACCUCUGGAAAUGUUGAAAUCGUGCAAUUCUACAGCUAUACGCGUGACGAAGUUUGGCACACGGGGGACAGAAACAUUUCACGGCCUUAUCAAGGUGAUUGCGACCGCCGGCUCAUGAUGGCUUGAGCCACACACCCUGAACACCUGAACACCUAAAACCACCGGUAGUUCCAUGCCCACCCGGAUGCCAUUUAAGACACGGCAUUCGAAAUUUCUUUUGCCAGACUUUGUG